AUGGCGGAUGGUUUGAGCGUGAACGAAAAUCAGGUAAUGAAACGUUUUUGACACAUUUUCUUUAUCCUGAUGUGAUAUUUGAAUCAAAUUUACACGAGAAACGUUUAGUAUUGUCUCAAUACAUGGUGUGUGUUCAUUGGAUGCGUAUCCAAAUCGCAACCGUGGGUCAGAGUGGAAAUUUUGAUACAAGAACUGAAGAAGAAAACACGAGACAAAGGUCAAAGGGAUACUCUAGAUAUCAAUUUUCUUUUCCGAUUUUCCCCGUCUUGGGUAAUCUUUGUGCAGUACGGGUAUUCGCAAACAAGUAGAACUAUUUUUUUUAUUUUUCUUUAAAUUCUUUGUAAAACUUUAGAAUCACCUUGACAAUAACAGAGAUGAUGAUGAUGAUGAUUUGCCUCAAUUAUCUGCGCAUGCCCUGGCAGCUCUGCAAGAAUUUUACAAAGAAGAGAAACAAAAACAAGAAAAGGAGGCAUCAGAAGGAAACACAGACAUAGAUGAGAACUGGGUAUGAUUGAACUGUAAUAUGGUUCACAUAACAUUCACUAAAAAAAAAAAAAAGAAAAGAUUAUUGGACAAAUGACAUUCAUGCAACUUAACAGACAGCAGUGACUGAAAAUGGCUGGAAGCUUUCAGACACUUAACGAUUAAGACAAAAUAGCCAAAUACUGAAUGGCAGUUAGCCUCCACUCCAUAAUUGCUCAAAAUUUUGCGUGCCUUGUAAAAGAAGUAUAUAUGGCUUUGGUAAUUAUUCCUGCAUUUGUAUAUAUUUCAGGUUAUCCCUUUUAAUUUACAUUUCUUUUGAAUUUCCCAACCAAUUUUUUUUUCAACAGAGCGUUUUAAUGAUCAGUUACAGCCCCUAAUCUCUUUGUGGGUAAAUAAACUAUGUCCAUGUCUAGAUACCUCGACAUUAAGAGAGGCUUUCCAUUCUCUUUAAAUUAAUUUGUUUCCUUAUGGAUCAUGUUUUCUUUUCUUCUCACUAAAGCAACUCAGCCAGUUUUGGUACAACGAUCAAACAGCAUUAACGCUAGCAGAGGAAGCCCUAAGAGCUGCUUCUAAUGGCAGGUAAAAAUCUUAAUAAUUAUUAUCUCAUAGCCAGGGCGGAGGGCUGGGGAUUUUCCUCAGCUUCUCUGAACAGGACCUCCAGCUACUUCUAUUCAUGAAAAAAAAUUGAACCAAAAAAGUUCCUGGCUGCUCAAUUUGUUGCCUACUAAUUGUUUCUACUUGGCACCUUCAAAUCUUAGUGACAGCACGCAUAGCCCCUUUGGCAAACCAGGUUGAUUCUCAAUUUUUUUGUCUCGGAGCCCUAAUUCAUGAAUAAUCAGGCCUUGGCAACAAAGGAAUUUGAGAAUCAACCUAGGUUAAAAAAAUUUAACCUGAAUUUAAUUUUGACCUGUAACAUAUAUGAUAAUUGACUAAAAUCAUAUAAAUUCUUGUCGCGGUGAAGUAAGUAGACUUGUAGCUUCCUGUCCUUUACAGUUGGGCCAUUGAAUGCCUCAAGAAAACCUGCACACAAGUUCUGCAUGGAAGAAUAUAUCUCUAUAUUUUUCUAAUAAGCUGCAGCUGCCUUUGUCAGUUUGAUUUAUUUUAAAAUACCUUUAUUAAUUAAGUAAUUUUAUUACGUUUUUAUUUAAAUGUCUUAGGGCUCUUGCAUCGGCAUAUGGGUUGAUACACUGUGGUAACUUAAUAUUAUUGUAGAAAAACUGAUAUUUGUAAGUCUAUAUUUUUCUUUUCUUUUAAUCCUAGAAUUGCCUGUCUUUGUGCACCAACCUUAUUCAAGAAACUUUUAGAGAUCAAACCAGCUAGAUGUGAGGCUAAAAUAUUUGAAUUUGACAGAAGAUUUGAUGUUUUUGGAGAAGACUUUGUAUUCUAUGACUACAACAAACCCCUGGACUUACCAGAUUCUAUCACAGAAUGCUCAUUUGAUGUGGUUUUCGCUGAUCCCCCUUUCCUUUCAGAGGAAUGUCUUACAAAAACAGCACAAACAAUGAAAUACCUCUCCAAAGAAAGAAUUAUUUUGUGUACAGGUAAGCACAACAUUACGAUACCAUUGCUAGUUCUAAUUCAUAGCUGCCAACUUUUUCUGAGUCAAAUGCAUGAGAUUUUUGUCCUGUCAUGAUUGGGAUUUCCGAAAACAUCCCAGCAACUUCCGAAGACUUCCAAACAUUGCCGAAAAUAAUCUCCGAGGAUGUCCCAACGACCUUUGAAAACUUCCAAAGCUAUAUAAAACGUGACAUUUUUGAUGUUGUGGUAACCUGAGUAUCAGGCUUUCUUUUCUUCUCCUUUUUUUCUUGGGAAUAGUGUUGUGGAUACAUUGAGGACACAAAGUCAAAACAAAGUGCCUUUUUUGGAUAUAAUUAUCUUUGUGAAACCAAAUUUAAUUUUCAUUAGUAAUCAUGUAUUAAAGAAAAAUUCAUCCCGAUUUGUGAGUCAGGUGUGAGAAAUUGUCCUUGAUUCAUGACAUUGAUGUCUGUAGUCCACAGGCAUGAGGCUCAUAAAGUAUGAGAGUUGGCAGGUAUACUAAUCCCCCCCCCCCCACCCAACCACUGUCUGUUGUGUGCCUGCUAUUGCCUGGUAAUGAUUUCAAACCCAAGGGGAGUGGGUAUGAGUCUGUAUAUUAUGGGAUUAUCAACACAAGACCCACAGGCUCAGAAAGAGCACAUCAAGCUUUACAAAAUAAUCAAGUUUGGUGUUUACUGCGCCAAUAAUAAAGGCGUUACAGAAUUUCAAAGUCUCCAACAUUUACCAGAAUUAUAUACAGUCGACUCCUGAUAAUUUGAACCUUCAAGGGAAAGAGAAAAUAGUUCGAGUUACCGGGAGUUCAAGUUAUCGAGGGUAAAAUUAAAGAGAAAGCGAUCUGAAGGGAAAUGUAAAUUGCUUCGAGUUACCGGGAGGUUCAAGUUAUAGAGGGUUUGAGUUACCAGGAUUUGACUGUACAUGUGUCUUGUGAGGACAUGCAGACAAGUGUCCAGCAAUCCAUACAUUCAUAAUUUUGUUAGUUGAAUUGUUGCAAUAUGAGUUUGAUACAGCUGGAAAACAACCAAUGAAAACUGGUGUCAUGAUAAUAAAAAAAUCAAUAAAAAUUAGUCACAUUAAGAGUUUGAAGAUUUUUUUUCAUGAUUUGUCACUGUUUUUCGAUAUCACUUAAUUGGCAUCAAUUAGAAUUGACUUUUAUAGAUUGUCAGUUUCAGUUAUUGGCCUGGCCUGGAUGGGUCUAUUAAUCACUACUAAUGAUUUCUUCCUUUUAAUCAUAGGUCAAGUCAUGGAGGAACUUGCUUACAAGUUGCUUGGAUUAACUCCAUGCAAGUUUAAACCAAUACACUCAAGGAACCUCAGCAAUCCAUUUUCUUGUUUUGUAAAUUAUGACAGUGGGCUAAAUAAAUGA